GAAGUGCGCAUGGCUUUGUCAAAGCAGGUCACCAACCACUCCACUCAGUAAGAUAAUUAUACAGAUCGGAACACCAACCAUUUUGCCUCUGGAAUUGCUUCUAUAUAAAAAUUAUAUCCGAGUUCAUUCUGGUAAUGUAACAAAGUACGUAUUGGAAGCUAAAAACACAGAAAAUGGAUAGUACAAAGAGCAAGGUUCUCGUGGUUGGCGGAACUGGUUACAUGGGGAGGAGGAUUGUCAAGGCAAGCUUAGCAGCAGGUCACCCGACUUAUGUUCUGCAAAGGCCGGCGCCGGAGAUCGGCCUCGACGUUGAGAAGCUACAAAUGCUCUUCUCGUUUAAGAAGCAAGGGGCUCACCUAGUCGAGGGUUCGUUUUCGGAUUUCCAGAGCCUGGUGAAUGCCGUCAAGCUAGUUGAUGUUGUCAUAUGUACCAUGUCGGGGACUCAUAUCCGGAGUCACAACAUUAUGCUGCAGCUCAAGCUUGUUGAAGCCAUCAACGAAGCUGGAAAUGUUAAGCGUUUUCUGCCAUCGGAGUUUGGUAUGGACGUAGCACGUAUGGGAAAUGCUCUUGAACCAGGAAGAGUUCCCUUUGAUGACAAAAUGAAAGUGAGAAAAGCAAUAGAAGAUGCUAACAUUCCCUUCACAUAUGUAUGUGGUAUUGGCUUCGCGGCUUAUCAUGCAGGCAACCUUUGCCAGAUGGGAACACUCGUUCCUCCAAAGGAUAAGCUGCUUAUGUAUGGAGAUGGCGACCGUAAAGUGAUACUAAUGGAUGAGGAUGACAUUGCAACAUAUGCAAUAAAAACGAUUGAUGAUCCGCGAACAUUGAACAAAACAUUGCACCUUCGUCCACCCAAGUGCAUAGUCUCUCAAAGACAGUUGGUGGAGAUAUGGGAAAGCCUUAUUGGAAAGAAAUUAGAAAAGGUUACUCUUUCCAAAGAAGACUUCCUUGCCUCUAUGAAAGAUAUGGACUAUGCAAAUCAAGUAGGAGCAGGACAUUUCCAUGACAUGUACUACGAAGGUUGUUUGACAAACUUUGAAAUAGGGGAAAAUGCCGAAGAAGCUUCACAGCUUUAUCCCGAAGUGAAGUACACUCCCAUGGAUGAAUUCCUGAAAAUUUAUGUGUAAUUCAUGAUUAAACAUCAGAUGAAUAAUUAGACGCAGGUCACAGGCGAUGGGAAUGUUGUUGUGUGGUACUCGAUCUGGGGUUAAUGGCUAUAGAGUUAAAAAAAAAUUAAUGUUGUUGUUCCGUAGUUCUUCAUUCUGUU